AUGAUCAACUUGUCGUCACCCAGGAGCCGUCAGAACAGGAGUUGCCAGGGUCUGGUGCCCAAUGCUGUGUCGAGACACGAGCUGACAUACUCCUACACUAGUGUGAGCGGCAGACAGGGUGACGCUGGCAGGCCGCCAUCUCUGGACCUGUCCGCUGAUCACCAGCACUGCGGACGUCAAGUCUACCAGUCUAAAUAUACCCUCGUCCACAUCAUUAAUAUGAGCGGUGGUCGCGUGUUGGCACACUCUGUGUACUGUGCCCUGUGCUCGCGUCUGUUCCGAGCUGGACCGGCCGCUGACAGCUGA